UUCAGUAUUCAUUAAAAAAAGGGUCAUGUAUCAAUCAUGAUUUAUAAAAUAAUACUUCAGGCAAGAUAAUCGCCUGUUUACUCCGAGAGUAAUGCAUGUAACGGAAAGCACGGGAUACCAUGGCAUGAUGGCAUGGAGUUGGUCCGACCACGAUACUCGCAAUAGAACUCUUCACACUUUUGGCGCCCUCGCAUUUCUCUCUAAAUUCGCAACUCUGCCAUUGUCUUCAACAUUGUCAUUUGUCUUUAUUGACUCUCUCUCCCACUUUAGCUUUUUCUUUCUUUCUUUCUUUUUUUCUCUGAAUGUGGUCGUAUUUUGACUUUUCGCUCCUUUUCUAAUGAUUGCAAAAUGCAUAUUGAAAUA